CUACAAGCCGAGUAACCAAAACAGUAUGGCGGCAUUGCACAGCUCUCCUGAAAUACAAGAGACCACGCAAAUCGCUGACUUCUCAAUAGACUCACUUCAGUUAGGCGACUCAACGCGUUCUCUACUUUCUCCUUUUUACAGCAAACGAAAUAUCAUCGAUGAACAUGAUUUUAUUAAUGACAAAAGAAAUGAAGACAUAUCAAGUGAAUCUAGUGACGACCAACAGCUAAGUUUGCAUGAAAAUGAUCACAAACGUUAUAGUUUAGACGUUGAAUCUCAGCCAAAUGUAAAGAAUAACAUAUCAACUGAAAAAAGUACUGGCUCUUUUAGCAGAAGAACUAGUGUUCUAUCUGGCUUCCACUCAAACAGAUCAAAAGACAGUACCUGCCAUAGUGAACCUGAAACUGAAAGCAGUCAGACAAAAGAAGAACAGAAUUUAAGUCCUUGGGAAAAAUGGUUACUACUUAAAGUUGUACAGGACAGGAAAAAAAUGCAAACAGAAAGACAAAAGAAAUCUCUUCAAAAAGAACUUGACCAAAAGGAGAUUCAGAUAAAAACAGAAAAAGAAAUGCAAGAUAUGGCGAAGAGAAAAGAAUGGUUAAAAUCGAAAAAACACGAAGAAAAAAUAAAGAAUGAAAUUGCACUAAUGUUAGAAAGAAAAAAUUUUCUAGAGAAACAAGAUGAGCAAGCCAGAAUUCAAGAAAAGGCAAAAGAAAGUUUCGAAAAAUGGUUGAAAGAUAAGGAAGAUAUCAGAAAAGAACAAAGAAAAAAUAAAAGACUGAAUGAAAAAGCUCAUCAACAAAAUAACAUAAAACGUAAAGAGGAAAGUGAAGAAGCCUACAAGAAAUGGCUUCAAAAUUCCAAAUCCCAUCAAAAAUCCAAAAGUUACCACUUUGGAUAUCUAGGGAAUAAAGUAACUGGUUAUUAUGAUUGGACAACUUAUCCUAUGCCAUCCUACUGUAACCCUCAACCAUGGGUAGCUCCUACAAUAAUACCAAUAAAACACCAAAGAAAAAUAAAGUUACAAAAUCCUUCCCCACCUUUAUUGUUUAAAGAUAUUGAAGAUAGAGAGAAGAAAUCAAAAACCAUGCAUGGAAAUGCAUGAAUUUAAAUCUUCCUUGUUUAUAUAAUAAACAGACAGAUCAACAUAAUAAUUUCAAUCAACAUAAUAAUUUUUAUCAAAAUGUACUUCAUUUGCAAAAAGUUCUUGCGAUAACAGUAUCUAGCUUAGUAGCAUACAUUGUAAAUAGGUUUGUAUACUGACAAUACAUAUAAAUUCUUUUAAAUAUAAUCUUCAAAAAGCCUGUA